ACAAUCAUUCAUUGACUUUCCGUAACAGAUGUGGAUCUUUUCAUUAUACAGUACACUAUUGUUCGUUUCCAGUCCUGUUAAUCAAUUGUCUGUGCAAUAAGAUUAGCGUCUUUCACAACUGAUAUCAACUGUGGCAUCUCAUAUCUUCAUAUUUAUAUAUCAACAGUUAGUUGUAGACAAACAAAGAUUCGUCGAUAACGGAAUGCAACAAGACUUUGCAGGUCUACGACAGCGUAAUUACUAAUUACAUAUCACCGGGCGUCGCUAAUUCAGCCGACCAAGUUUUGUGGUUACUAUGGCAAAGUCCAAGAACGGUCUGACGGCCGCUAGCCUGUCGGUUUUGGGAGCGUUAUUGAUCCUGUUGGCGUUCACGACGAAGAGCUGGUUGGUUACGGAUGGGAAAUUAAAAAACCCAGAAUUCGAAAGACUAGGUCUAUGGGUAGUAUGUUUUAAAGGUUUUGAGGACCCCCGUCAUUGGUACGACACAAGAUUCCAUAAUUGUUGGUGGGUGUUUGAAGAAGAAUAUUAUAUUAUCUCUGAUAUUAUAUUUAAAGAUUUUUAUAUUGCUACUCAGUUUUUCUUUACGGCUUGUGUUCUCUUAACAGUGUCAGGUUUAUUCUACACUACAAUUUAUAUGUAUCUAAAUAGAGCUUAUAUAGGUUAUGUUCAAAUUCUAUUAUCAGCUGGAAUACUUAACAUAGCUGCAGCUAUAUGCAGUAACAUUGCUCUGAUAAUAUUUGGAAUAUAUGGAGACAACAGAGAAUGGAUGCCACAUUGGGAACACAAUGAUAUCGGAUGGAGCUAUGGAGUAGCAGUCGCAGGAACUAUUGCCCUUUACGUCAGUGGAGUAUUGUACGUAAUAGAGCAACGGCUAUACAAUGUUAAACGCGAAAAAAUGGCUACUCAAAGAGCCAAUUACAACUAUGAAGCUAAUGACUUAAUACAAUCAUCUUACACUGCUGUAUAAAAUAUCAAAUUUUAUAUUUUCAAAUAUCCAGUAACAGCAUUUGUAUGUUUUCAUUAAUUUAUUCUUAAUAAAUAUGUACACUGAGCACAAAGAUUCGUUAACAUUCUUUAAAUGUCUGCAUAAAC